AUCUCCGGCCUAACGAACCCAGCAUUCCGUCUGGAAAAGCCGCACACAGAGCCCCACGAUGCUUUCUUCUACAUCGAAUGCGUCUGCAACGGCUGGUUCACCUUCGAACUCAUCAUUCGCUUCAUCGUCAGCCCAGCAAAGUUCAAAUUCGUUCGGACCCCUGUCAAUCUGAUCGACUUCAUCGCCACUUUCUCGUUCUACUUGGACUUCAUAACAACCCGGAUGAAGAAAGACAACGAGAUCCUCGAGUUCUUCAGCAUCAUUCGCAUCAUGAGGCUCUUCAAACUGACCCGACACAGUCCAGGCCUCAAAAUUCUCAUCCACACCUUCAAAGCCAGUGCCCACGAGCUCAUGCUCCUCAUCUUCUUCCUCGUCAUCGGCAUCGUCAUCUUCGCAUCCCUCGUCUACUACGCCGAGAGGAUCCAAUACAACCCCGACAACAACUUCAACUCCAUCCCGGUUGGACUGUGGUGGGCCAUCGUCACCAUGACGACGGUGGGGUACGGAGACAUGACCCCAAAAACUUAUUUGGGGAUGUUCGUCGGGUCCAUUUGCGCUCUGACAGGCGUGCUCACCAUCGCCCUACCAGUCCCCGUCAUCGUCAGCAACUUCGAAAUGUUCUAUUCGCACACCCAAGCCAGAGCCAAGCUGCCGAAACAACGACGUCGCGUGCUUCCA